GGUUAGUGUGAAGGCCAGAUGUAUUGUGGGUAUUGAGAUUAGGUUAGCGUGAAGGCCAGAUGUAUUGUGGGUAUUGAGAUUAGGUUAGCGUGAAGGCCAGAUGUAUUGUGGGCCCUCUAACAUACAUUUGAACCUCCAUUCACUCUCUUGUGGGAAUAGUACAUGGAUGUGUGUGUGUGUGUGUGUGUGUGUGUGUGUGUGUGUGUGUGUGUGUGUGUGUGUGUGUGUGUGUGUGUGUGUGUGUGUGUGUGUGUGUGUGUGUGUGUGUGUGUGUGUGUGUGUGUGUAUUUUCUCAGAACCCAAGCCAGUAUAUGCCCAGCCAGGCCAGCCUGAUGUGGACCUGCCAGUCAGCCCCUCUGAUGCCCCUGUGCCCAGCGCUGCCCACGAUGACAGUAUCCUACGGCCGAGUAUGAAGCUGGUGAAGUUUAAGAAGGGGGAGAGUGUGGGUCUGAGGCUGGCCGGGGGGAACGACGUGGGCAUCUUCGUAGCAGGAGUCCUGGAGGACAGCCCAGCAGCUAAGGAGGGUCUGGAGGAGGGGGACCAAAUUCUCAGGGUUAAUAAUGUAGACUUUGCUAAUAUAAUCCGAGAAGAGGCGGUGCUGUUCCUCCUUGACCUCCCUAAAGGUGAAGAGGUCACCAUCCUGGCCCAGAAGAAGAAGGAUGUGUACCGGCGGAUUGUGGAGUCUGAUGUGGGCGACUCGUUCUACAUCCGGACCCACUUUGAGUAUGAGAAGGAGUCUCCGUACGGCCUGAGCUUCAACAAGGGAGAGGUGUUCAGAGUGGUGGACACCCUGUACAACGGCAAGCUGGGCUCCUGGCUGGCCAUCCGCAUAGGGAAAAACCAUCAGGAAGUGGAGAGAGGCAUCAUACCUAACAAGAACAGAGCGGAGCAGCUGUCCAGCGUGCAGUACAGCCUCCCCAAGACAGCUGGGGGCGACAGGGCAGACUUCUGGAGGUUCAGGGGCCUGAGGAGCUCCAAGAGGAACCUGAGGAAGAGCAGAGAGGACCUGUCGGCCCAGCCUGUCCAGUCCAAGUUCCCCGCAUACGAGAGGGUGGUGCUUAGAGAAGCUGGUUUCCUGAGGCCUGUGGUGAUAUUUGGACCCAUCGCUGACGUGGCACGAGAGAAACUCUCCCGAGAGGAGCCCGAUCUGUUCGAGCUCGCAAAGAGUGAACCUAGAGACGCAGGGACAGACCAGCGGAGUUCGGGAAUCAUCCGUCUCCACACCAUCAAACAGAUCAUUGACAGAGACAAACAUGCAGUGCUGGACAUCACCCCCAACGCAGUAGACCGUCUGAACUACGCCCAGUGGUACCCCAUCGUAGUGUUCUUGAACCCAGACAACAAACAGGGGGUCAAGAACAUGAGAACCAGGCUCUGUUCCGAGUCCAGGAAGUCCGCCCGGAAACUCUACGAGAGGGCCCUGAAAUUAAGGAAGAACAACCACCAUCUCUUCACCACCACCAUCAACAUGAACAACAUGAACGAUGGCUGGUACGGAGCUCUGAAGGAGACUAUCCAGCAGCAACAGAACCAGUUGGUCUGGGUGUCAGAGGGCAAGGCGGACGGCGCGCCGGACGAUGACCUGGACAUCCAUGAUGACCGUCUGUCAUACCUGUCAGCCCCGGGCAGUGAAUACUCCAUGUACAGCACGGACAGCCGCCACACCUCUGAUUACGAGGACACGGACACAGAGGGCGGGGCCUACACCGACCAGGAAUUAGACGAGACUCUCAACGACGAGGUUGGUCUUCCCACGGAGCCAGCUAUCACCCGCUCCUCAGAGCCGGUCAGAGAGGACCCGCCCGUCAUCCAGGACCCCUCGACUGGCGGUUACCCUGGAUACCAGCACGUUGCCGUGACUCCGCCCGACCCGGCCAACCGCAUCGACCCGUCCGGGUUCAAAAUGGCCGCCGCUCCUCAUCAGCAAGACGAUGCUCUUCUGGCUAUUCCUUCCUCUCUGCUGCCUGCUGCGGUGGCUGUGGCGCCCCCUGGUGUUGAGGCUGAGUCACAGCAACCUGCACUGCAGGUAGAGGGUAUGACCUCUGAACCCGAGGAGGAAGCUCCGGCUGCAGACUCACUCCUUAGCAGCCCCGCCCCUACUGAGCUAGCCCCGCCCCCAACACCACCAUCACUCGAACCCCAACCCCUGUCUGACCCGCAGCUCGGCCCUGGUCCUGAACCCAAGAUGUACAAGAAGGAUCUGUACAGUCUGGAGGAACCAGUGAGAGUGAACCACAGAGGCAUGAAGUCGUCUCUGAGCUACACCCACCAGCCCUACCAGGACCAACAGCCACACCGCCAGUACGACCACCCGCCUUACGGCUACUGUAGCGACGGGGGGGGCUACGCCGAACCAAAGCCUCCCCAGGGGAACUUUGACCCUCACCUGCACUACAACAACCGUGUACCUCAACACUUCGACGACGGCCAGUGGCCCCCCUACGACCAACAGACCUCUUCCCCCCAGCCCCCGGGGUACCAGCCUGGCCCGGGCCACCAGCAGGGCUACACUCCUAGGGGGACCACCCCCUACGAGGACGGCCCAGUCAGGGACUACAGCCCCCCCCAGCCCUGCUACGAUGAGGCACCGGCGGGGAUGCAGGGCUACGACGGCAGGCCUCGUCACGGUAAAAUUCCGGGGCCUAUGCGGUACGAUGAACCGCCUCCCCCGCCCUCGGCUGGCCCUUACGACGCUCGCUCCCCUUACGAGUCUGAGUCCCCUCACUGCUACCCCGUAAGCUCGCCCCGCUCCCCAGACCCCCCCAAGCAGUAUUAUGGAGACUCUGCUCCUGGCCUGAGACCCUCCUAUAACCCAGGACCUCCCAGCCGGGGCGGUGGCUACAACCGUGAACCUCUAAUGACCUCUGACCCGCCCCUGCCCCCUCCCAAACCUGAACCCUUGGCCUCCCCGGGAGAGAUGGGAGUAAACGCGGGGUCCAAGCCCCCGGGGGAGGAGGAAAGGGACGACCCGGCCAUGAAGCCCCAAUCGGUGCUCAACAGGGUCAAGAUGUUUGAGAAUAAAAGGUCGUUGUCUGUUGACCGAGCCAAGGAGGCUGACGACUCUACCGUGACGAGGCCUGCAGACCUGCCCAGACCUGUGACUGCACCUGGGCCUGUCCCCAAAGCCAACUCCCUCAGCAACCUGGAGCAGGGGAAGGCUACUUACAGAGCCCCCGAGUCCCAGAAUCCCCCUGGGGCUAAACCCCUGGACCACUGCGAUGCUGACGAGGAUGAGGAGUACUACAGGAAACAGCUGUCCUACUUUGACCGACGCAGCUUCGACAGCAAGGCCAUGAACCCCAGCCCUGGCGUCAACUGCUUCCUACCACAGACCCAGCUGGCUUACCCUUACAACAGGGCCGAGUCUGUGGAGAAGGUGAGUCCGGUAGAGAAGAGGUACGAGCCCCUCCCCCAGAUCAGCCCGGUGUCUCAGUACGGACCACCCAGUCCUGCUGUACCACCCAACAGCCUGCCCAAACUCAUCCCCAACGACGUGAACUCUCACCCCGACCAGCUCCUCAGCUCCUCUCCAAAACUUGACCUCUCUGGUCUCCGCCCCCCUGUCCUCCAGGACCCCCCUUCCCAGCCCUACCUGGCCCAGAGGUCCCCAGUGGGGGUCAACGGCACUGACGCACCCCCCAAAACCCCUGGAACCACUCCCACCCCACAAAGCUACAACCGAUACGUCCCUAAGCCGUACACCUCCUCAGCCCGGCCCUUUGAGAGGAAGUUUGAAAGCCCCAAGUUCAACCACAACCUCCUCCCCAACGACAGUGGGAAGACAGACCUCCUGAUCAGUAGCAGCAACCCUAAACCCAGCGUGGUCAACAACAACAGCAGGACCAAGCCUCCACUGUCUCCUCAGGCCCUGGACCACGACAGUGGACUGGACACGUUCACACGCACCAUGGACAACAGGGGGCCCAAGUACCAGCAGCACAACAACUUAGUCAACAAUGCUGUGUCCAAGGCCAUACCUGUCAGCCCCAGUGCUCUGGAGGAUGACGAGGAGGACGAAGGUCACACAGUGGUGGCCACAGCCCGUGGGAUCUUCAACUGUAACGGCGGGGUGCUGAGCUCCAUCGAGACGGGAGUGAGCAUCAUCAUCCCCCAGGGAGCCAUCCCCGACAGCAUUGAACAGGAGAUCUAUUUCAAGGUUUGCCGGGACAACAGCAUCCUGCCCCCCCUGGACAAGGAGAAAGGAGAGACCCUGCUCAGCCCUCUGGUGAUGUGUGGGCCUCACGGUCUUAAGUUCCUGAAGCCGGUGGAGCUGCGUCUACCUCACUGUGCGUCUAUGACCCCAGAUGGUUGGUCUUUUGCUCUAAAAUCCUCCGACUCCUCGUCGGGUGACCCCAAGACAUGGCAGAACAAGUCUCUUCCAGGAGACCCCAACUACCUGGUGGGAGCCAACUGUGUGUCUGUGCUCAUCGAUCACUUCUGAACAUAGAGGGAGACAGCUGGCCUGUUACUGAAUGUGUUAGAUCAGGGGGUAGCCACAGACUGAAACUUUACCCCCACUCUCCUGCUGUUGUGACCCCUUUGCCCUGUUGUCUCCCUCCCAGGCAGCAGGAGGCAGCACUGCUUGACUUGAUGAAGUACGAACUUUUAUUCUUGAAUAUAUUCUUAUGUUCUUGAACUUGAAUAUUGAACAUUAAAGUUGUUUAUGGUGACCGCCCCUAUAAAAAAGUAGGAGGAGUCCCAGUGAAGUGGGAGGAGUCUCAACACAGCAUCCUAUCCCAGCGCUGUGCUCUCCUUUUCCCACCCACACUUUUUUUUUUUUGGUGCUUUAACUAAAGGCUUGCAAAAAAUCUAAAGCUGUUAAAAACGAAAAUAUAUAAUAAAAAUGGAACUGUUGUUGGAAUGCAUGACCAGUGCCACAGACUGACUGAAUAAUAAUCUAAUUAAGAUUUUUUUCAAAAUUUUUAGCAGGUUGCAAGACAGAGGAACAUUUUAAAAAAAAAAGAAAAAUUAAGAUGAGGAUCAUUUUUUUAAAAUUAAUUGAAUAUUGCAACGGAAAUUUUUACAACUUACUGUAUGCACUCACAAACAGAAAGGUUGAUAUAUGCAAAAGCUUUUUUUGUUUGUGAGGUUGUUUGUGGUCAUGCGUUUCGCUCUUAAGGAUAUCUGAGGUCUUAGGAAAUGCAGCUGAGCCUCACUCAAGGGUUAUGAGGGAACCUUGGUACUGUAGGCAUCGUGUAAAACACAACACCGUUUUGAAGGUAAUACUGAAGACUGAAGUUAAUGUAUUGGCAUUGGGAUGCCCCCGUUUGAUUAGUCUGUCCAUCUUUAGAAGAACUACUGAAUGUUUUACCACAGAUCAAUAAAAUGUCACUGACUUGAUUUGACAAACUCCUGCAGCUGUCUAGAGAUCUAUGCAUGUGCUUCGACUCAGGUCCGGAAGCCUGCUACAACUAAGUUCAAACACAUUAAAAGUCCCAUCUUACACUGCAAGCAGUGAUGCCUUAUCUGCAUUUUAACUAAAAAAAACAAACAUCAGAUCUUUACGUUUUAGUGAUUUAAAAAAAUUAUGGGGGGAAAAAAACAAACAAAAAAAGAAAUUGGAACAAAAGAAAUGUAAUUUCACUGCAUUUUGAACCCAUUAUAUCAGUGAACUUGGAUUAACUAUAAUAUGAGGCUGAUGAAGAGGUCAUGCUUUCUUUUCCUGCUAUGCAUAUUGACGUUUCAGAGGAAAUACUACAAAUGAAAAACACUAGAACGUUUAAAUUGUGGCUGUAUAUAAUGCUAGCAUAUGGCCUUGGUUCGCUUUAAAUUCACUUUUGUACAUCUUUGUCAUUUUGUAUAAAAAGAGGUUAAAAAAUAAUAAUUGUUUAUUAAAAAAAAUAAUUUAAAAAAAAGAGUGAUUUCAUUGGUUAUGUUUGUAUUCUGGUUAUACUUACCCUGAGCCUUGGAACUGACCUAAGCAGUAAUAAAAUACAACUUUUCUACCAACAUACAUAUACACACACCACUAGUAUUUAAAGGCAUUUUUAACAGUCAAAUAACUUGUUAUUCUUAUUUACAAAAAUAUAAAAAGUGCUUGGUUUAAAUACAUUUUAAAAGCUCUGUACUUGAGGGGAGCUGUUUUAAGGAGCGACCCCUCUCCACUUGUGAUACUGGAAGCUCUAUUGGAAUGUAUUUUUUUUUGUACUAAUAGACGAUUUUAUUAAAACGGCACAUCCGUGCUAUUUUCGUUUGAUAUGAUAACACUGCUUCAAUCUGACACUGCUUUCUUUUUUCCAGUGUGACUGCAAUUUAGUUUUAUCUAUGUUCAAUUUAUUUUUAUUUACGUUCAAUGCUCCCCCCCUUUGCAACACAUUUCUAAAUAUACCACUGUAUUAAUAAAAUAUAUAUUUUUUAAGUA